AUGGGCUUUAAAGUCAUCAUUGUCGGCGGCAGCGUCUCGGGCCUCUCCUUAGCUAACAUGCUGGAGAGGCUCGACGUCGACUACACCCUCCUCGAAGCAUACCCCAAUAUUGCGCCACAGGUUGGCGCGAGCAUUGGUUUACUCCCCAAUGGAUUUCGCAUCCUUGAUCAACUUGAUUGUUUUGAACCAAUCCUUGAGAUGGUUGGGGAAUACCACCUGAAGAAUAGCCUCUGCGGCCCAGAUGGCAAACCACUAGGCCCGCCUAGCAUGGCGAAUAUCCAACACCUAGAAGCCCGGCUUGGCUACCCUUCCAUCUUCAUCGACAGACAGAUGCUUCUGCAGGUUCUCUUCGACAACCUGAAGAACAAAGAUAAAGUCAUACCAGAGAAACGGGUUGAAAAGGUAGAGCUCCUCAAGGAAGGGGUGCGUGUACACACCAAAGAUGGCUCCGUAUUUGAAGGCGACAUCGUGGUCGGGGCAGACGGCAUCCAUAGCACCGUCCGGGAGGAGAUGUGGCGCAUCGGCCAUGAAGAACGACCAGGCUACUUUCCUCUUGAUGAACACUCUCGAGUACCCGUCGCGACAAAAUGCAUCUUUGGCAUCUCCAAACGCCCGAGCAACCUCCCCAUCCACAAUCAACAGAUGGUCUUCAACGAAGGCAGAAGUUACCUUAUCAUUAGCGCACCUGGCAAUCGGACCUACUGGUUCCUGUUUUCGGGCGUCGGAGACACCAAGUACGGAAAGGACAUACCAAAGUAUUCGAAGGAGGACACCGAGAAGCUGGCUCUGGAGCACUGGGAAGAUCUAGUCUUUGAGAACGUCACAUUUGGCGACGUCUACAAGAACAAGAUCAUGGCUACUUUGGUGCCACUGGAGGAGUACGUCUUUGAGAAGUGGCAUUACCAACGAAUCGUUUGUAUCGGCGAUGCUAGUCACAAGAUCGAUCCCAUCUCCGGCCAAGGAGGUAACGGCGCCCUGGAAGCUGCUGCGCUUCUCACAAAUUCCCUGACCGACAUGUUGGAAAAGAACCCCAAGUCUCAGCCGACAGAAAUCGUCGAAGCCGCCUUGGCCCAAGUCCACAUCAACCGCCACGAGCGAGCCAAGACCUUGGUAGCGAAUGCGCAUACGCUUCAGCAGGUCUUGACUGGAAGAUCGCCGUACUCCAAGAUCGUCACCAAGUACCUCGUUCCCCUGUUGGGUGAUGAAGGCUUCCUCGGCACAGCGGUCCCCAUUUGCAAAGCAAGCCACAGGGUUUACAGGCUUCCCUUGCCCCAGCGACGCCGCCUUGUGCCUUUUGACGAUGAACUCCCUGCCCGACCUAUGACAACUCAAGCAGCAUCGAGAAUGGCUCUGGUCUUGGCAUCCGCGUCUUUCGUGGCGUUGCUCUACUACUCUUGCGGUUUCACCCACUUCUCUGAGUUGAUUGGAAGCGUCAGAAUAUGGAUGUCUGGAGCAUGGGAUCUCGGCCUCGCUCAAGCAACUUCAAAUCUGACAAAGACAUCCUCGCUUGGUAGCCUUGUUGAACAGAUCCAAUUCAAGACAAGUCUCUUCUCUGCUCUAGUCAUCUGGCUUGCAGAAAAUCAUCGAUUCGGUAACAGACUUUCGGUCCUCCUAUGGCCUUCGAUUUCGGCUGCCGCGUUCAUGGCCCUCGGACCCAAAGCCGUUAUGCCACUCCUAGGUCUCGGUAUAGUCACUCGAGGCACCAACACUCUGCCUGGUAGACACGUACCAGUCAAGUACGCCAAGGCAAUUCUGCCGUCGGCCAUCGUUGGCUACGCCAUCCCCACGAUCCUCGCCAGCCUGCCAAUUCAAGACCCACAGAUCCGACAGGCCGUCGGUUUCGUUGUAUCUGCCGCUCCAGUCUUCAGCGCGGCUCUGCUUAACGGCGUUGCCUCGGCCAUACAGAAGGUGAAGGAUAUAACUUCAUUCACGAAGGCCACCAAAGACGUGAAGGAAACAGACAAGGACGAGUUUGUUGAAAUGUACGACAAGAAGGAUGUAGUACCGCUCAAGAUGGCAUACACAUUCGCGGCGGGCGCCUGCGCUACCGUUCAUAUCGCAAGCGCGGUGUAUCCCAUCCUGGCGACAACUUCAUUCAGCAACUUGGCAGGUGGCCUUAACACGAGCAUCGGCUUAUUCGGAUUCGCUUCUGCUGCUUUGUCCCUUUACUCGGCGUGGAACUUGCGAUCAGAGGGUUUUGUUACAACUCAGCAGGCAUUGCUUGGCUCUCUGGGGUCCAUUGCUAGUGGCUUUGCCGUAGGCCCUGGAGCAGCGCUUGCAGGCUUCUACUACUGGCGUGAAAGCGUUUUAGAUGCCUUGGGCAACUAG